UAGUAACAGGAAUAUUUUUACUUCCUCUUUUGCUUUUGGUAAGCAGACAACAAAAACAAGUAUGGCUGAUGAUUACGAAAUAGUAGCAGCCAUCGACUUUGGAACAACAUACUCGGGCUAUGCUUACUGUUCCAAAAGCGACUUCAAGCGUUCACCCCCAGUCAUCAAAACCAGCGCCUGGAAAUCGGGCACGGGUACUUGUGAUAAAUUCAUGAAAACACCGACAGUUGUAUUAUUCGACCAGAAUCGAAAGUUCGACUCGUUCGGAUUCGAAGCUGAGAAAAAAUAUUUGAAACUGGCACUGAGAAACCAGCAGGAAUCAUGGUACUUUUUCAAGAGGUUCAAGAUGCGUCUUCACCAAAGAGAAACGGAAAGAACCAACGAGCGGCUCACAAUAGACACCAUUGUCGAAGACGAAACUGGAAAAAGUAUGAAGGCCUUAGAUGUCUUCAGCAGCGCCAUUCAGUACCUAAAGGACCAUCUCCAGAAUUUGUUGAUAGAACAGGGUAUGAGAGAUAAAAACGAAGUAAUGAAGAAGGUUCGAUGGGUUUUGACUGUUCCAGCUAUAUGGACCGAUCCAGCCAAGGAAUUUAUGAAGAAGGCUGCAAUCAAGGCAGGACUUCCAGAAAACAAGCUGCUGUUGGCCCUGGAACCGGAGGCGGCUUCUCUGUGUUGCUGGUCCAUACGCAAUGUAAGUCCUGAUGGAAGGACGAUCCUCACCCCAGGGCUAUCGUACACCGUGCUGGAUAUGGGAGGUGGUACAGCCGACAUUGUGACGCACAAAAUUGAAGAUGGCGAAAAGCUGAGAGAAAUGCAUGCGCCGGUUGGAGGAGACUGGGGUGGUACUAAAGUUAACAGCUCGUUCCAGGGCUUGUUAAUCAAGUUGGUAGGAGCUCCAGUUCUUUCCAAGUUUAAAAACAAACAUGUGGUUGAUUACCUAGAGAUGAUGAACGAUUUUGAAAUCAAGAAACAGUUCGUUUCUCUCGAAAACGACGAAGAGGUCAUGUUAACUGUUCCGGGGACUUUGGUGAAAAUCUUCGAGGAGGAAACAGACGGUGAAAACUUGUCAGAUGUUAUAGAGCAGACACCAAUGAAAGGUCAACUUGAAUGGACUUCUGGAAGAUUGAUAUUACAGCCUGAACUGUUCAAGACUUUCUUUUCAAUUUCCCUUGAUAAUGUUAUAAAAAAACUGAAAGAAUUGUUCAACGCAACUGAAUCUCAGGAUGUGUCCACUCUGCUACUUGUAGGAGGGUUUUCUGAAUCACGUAUAUUGCGGAAAGCAAUUAGACAGGCCUUCACUGACAAAAGAAUCAUCCAUCCCGAGCACCCAUCCCUUGCGAUCUUAGAGGGUGCAGUGAUAUACGGACACAGUCCAAUGUCUGUAAAAACAAGAAUAUGCAAAUAUACGUACGGUUUCAUGGCGGCAAAAUCGAUUAAACAACAUGACCAAAACAUUCCAAAAAAUAGAACAAUCAUGGAUGGAACAUGCGAAACAAUGAUCUUUGAUAAACUUGUAGAGGUUGGGCAAGCGGUAGAAGCAGGGAGGUACCAAGUUAAAAAAACGUACUCGAAACUGUCACGUGACCAAUCGUCCAUGAUUCUGUUUAUGUAUACGUCUACGGACAAAGAUCCACAAUACGUGACAGACGACAGUUGUUCUCUCUUGGGAGACCUCAUCAUCAACCUGCCUCCUGGCCACAGGGAAGUCGUUGUCUCCACGAUGUUCUCCGACACUUUUCUGACUGUGAAGGCUGUAGAAAAAGACUCCAACACCGAAGUCACGGCUCGGUUUAAUUUCCUAGCUUGACUUUUCUUUACAAACGUAUUUGAAGCAUUUGCAUCAUGCAAUAUUCUAAUUGCGUGACGUGUUGCAUUGACUGAAUUGAUAUUUGAGCAAGUUGUUAUAUUAUUAUUAUAUUACUGUCAUGUAAUGCUUAGUUUUACCCUUAACAUCUCUAUUCAAUCUCUUGAUCAUUGCUUUUCCAUAUCAUUUUCAGGGCAUUCAGAAGUUAGAGUAUCAUUCGCUAUUCACUAUUCGAGUAGCAAAUUGUACUGUAGAUUCUUAAUUAAACGAAAUUGAUUAAUAUCCGCGUAAAAAUAGCGCGAAACACAUCUCGCAAAUUUAUUUUUCGGACACAUGUAAACUAUAUGAAACAAUGAUAAAAAGUCAGCACUCGCGAUUUUUCAUUCUCACGAUUUGAAGGAAACGGUUGAAUGAAUCGCAGAACUAAGUUCUGGUCCUGUGUGGUUGGUUCACUUUUCAAAUUACAGUAAGUCCUCUAAUAAAAGUAAUUUUAAAACCCACACAAACUUCCUUAUAUUAUCGAAUGAAAUAGUACUAUAGAGUAAUAAUAGCCACUUGCUUAAAUGACCUGACCAUUGACAUAAUUAGCUAGCCUGGCGAGAGUGUGUGUAUUACCUCAGAUACUGUUGUAAUGGGGAUACUAGUCAAGGUGCUUGUCCAACACCAUGGACCCCAUUAAUAGGCAUAGAACUCUACAUCAUAUACUGAGUAGCCUAGUAAGAUUUGCUUUCGUAUGAUUCACUUAUAAUGGAAAAGCUAUUUAAGGGGCUGGCUAACUCUCUGGAUUCCCCAUUGAAGCCUUCAUAUUUGGUCAGGAUGGGGCCCCGGGAAAAAUCAGCCGACCCUCAAGAAGAAUUUGGUGUUUUAGAAAAUUUCAUCAUAGCUAGCUAAGUGAAAAUAGCUUUCGUAUGAUACAGUUAUGAUAGAAAUGUUAUUCAAGGGGCUAGCUAACACCCUGGAUUCCCUACUUAAGCCUUCAUAUUUGGUCAGGAUUGGGCCCCGCUGGAAAAUUCAGUCGACUCUCCAAAGGAAUUGGGUUUACACGGCCAUUAACAGGCAAAGCUAGCCUGGUGAAAAUAGCACAUUUCGUAUAAUACAGUUAUAAUGGAAAUACUAUCCAACGAGCUGGCUAACACCCUGAAACUCAUUUUCAGCUAUAUAUCUCUUCUUGAAAAAUGAUACUCUGCAAAGAUAGAUGACCAUUUUUGAAAUGAUUUAAUUCUGUGACACUUUCGAAUUUUUAGAGAAUUAUUUUCAGAAGGUAACAGGUUAUGUAUUGAGAGUUCGGAUUCUAGCAUUUUGAACAUUACAUAAAAUGUACGUACAAAGCCCACACAAUGGACAUGAUUCACUUGAGGACUGCGAAGAGCUGCAGCAGUUCAUAGACUUAAAUUCGAACUCUUAAAUUUAAACUCUUAAAAUUGGUAAAUGAACGUAAAUCAGUUGGGUAGAUUUUUUCUUUUAGAAAUUUGUUGUGACAAGAGAAACCACUCUUCUCUACAUUUUAUUUAUUGUUUUAUAGUUUCUUGAUACCAUAUUUUGUUGUAAUAUAUGAUAUAUUCAUCGUGAGUUCAACAGACUUUAUAUUAUGAAUAUUGCAUUAUGAUUAACAAGCCCUUAUGUACAUUCGAAUUUAAAAACAUCAGUAACGUUUAUACCAAGUUUAACAUUAAUUUGUUUAUUAAUAAAAAGGAAUAUACAUCUUAUUUUGAGUUUUAUAUCUACAUGUAUAGUGCAUUAACCCCCUGCUACAAAAUACGUCAUUAUUUUUAAUAGUCUUCUAAUUAAUGCACAUUUUACAUAGCACCACACCUUUUGAUGAAAAAUAUAAUUCAUUUGAAUGCCUCGUGUGGUUCACAUAUUCU